AAAGAUUUCAUGAGGCUGAGGUGAACUUCCUGUUGGCAACCAGCAACAGUUUUUCGGUUUCUAGGCAGUUUUUUUUAGGAUGAAGCAGAAUUUUUAAAGCUAAAUUUGUUAAUUAUUAUAUUUAUAUCAUAUAAAACAUAUUACAUUUUUGAUAAAAUAAUUAGAAAGACUACAAAUAUGUAAACUAUUAUUUUUUAGCCGUAGCUAGUUAGCGGAAUAACUCGGUUGCCUCGCAACAGUCGUGUUUGUUAAGAAGCUAACGGGUUAGCAAGAAGACGAAUGAGAUUUGUUUAUGCGGAACGUUUUUCGAAUAAAGAAUUAAAAAUAAAUAGAUAAAUAAAAAUGAGUGAACAACUUAAGUUAAUUGUAGAACAGCUGAAUCGAGAGCCAUUCAAGAAGAGCUUUAACUUAAUCACGUUUGACUCUCUGGAGCCGAUGCAGCUGCUGCAGGUUCUCAAUGAUGUUUUGGCCGAAAUUGACCCUAAGCAAGCACUUGACAUCCGAGAGGAAAUGCCUGAGCAAACGGUCAAAAGGAUGUUCACUUUGUUGGGGAUGCUGAAAUACAAACCGCCUGGUGGCUUUUCUGAUGUGAGCGGUUUUCGGCAGGGCCUGGUGACGGGCAGUAAGCCGGUGGUGCACCCCAUCCUGCACUGGCUGCUGCAGAGAGUUCCUGAGCUGAAGAAGAGGGCCUAUCUUGCUCGCUUCCUCGUCAAACUGGACGUGCCCAGUGAGUUCCUGGCUGACGAGGUCAUCGCCGAGGUCUACCACCAGUAUGAAGAGGUGGUAGAAGGAUUCAAGAAUUACCACAAAGAGUGUGAACAACUGAGGACCUUUGGAUUUUCUGCAGCUGAGAUUCGACGGGACAUUUCAGCUAUGGAGGAAGAGAAGGAUCAGCUGAUUAAAAGAGUGGAGCGUCUGAGAAAGCGGGUGGAGUCUGUGUCUAACCAUCAGCGCAUGCUAGAGGUGGCCAGCCAGCUUCGGGUGGAAAAGGAGAGAGAGGAAUCUCUGGCUCUUCAGAAACAAGAGCAAAAGAACCAGCUGUUCCAGGCUGAGCAGAGGAGGCAGAGGUGUCAGCUCCAGCUGAAAGACUUGCGACAGGCAGCAGCAGAUGCCAAGCCUGAGAGCCUGGUGAAGAGACUGGAGGAGGAGAUUAAGUUCAACUCCUACAUGGCGUCAGAUAAGGUGCCGAAAGAGCUGGAGCGCAUCCGCAGCAAAGUGCACUACCUGCAGAAGGUGGCGUCCGAGCCGGCUAUGGGCCACGCCGAGCUGGAUGAGCUGGAGGAGAAGAUUAAAGAGCUAAAUCAGAUGAACCAGAUGAUGGAGAAGAAGAUGGCCAGGACUGACCCAAUGGAUGAUAAUCUCACUCUGUACAGACAGCAGGCCUCCAUCAUAGCACGGAAGAAGGAGGCGAAGGCAGAGGAGUUGCAGGAGUCCAGAGAGGAGAUAACCUCCAUCACAAGAGAGCUGAAUGCUAAGAGUCAGGCUGUGGGACAGGGAGGAGUCGAGAUCAUCCGCUCAGACGAGUUUAAGAAGUACGUUGCCAAGAUGCGCGGCAAGAACAUCGUAUAUAAGAAGAAGCGUCAAGAGAUGGCGGAGAUGAAGGCUGAGUUUGGUGUUCUACAGAGGACUGAGGAGGUCCUUCGUCAGCGCCACACAGCUGCACAACAGCAUCUGCAAUCCCUGGAGGCUCAGAGAGGGAUCUCGGGCUUCAGCGAGACCCAGGAGGAAUUGGAGAGAGUCUCAGCCAUCAAAAGUGAAUUGGACGAGCUGAAGGGAAACAGGUUGGACAACAUGUCUGAGAUGGUGAAGAAGAUCAAUUCAGCAAUAUCGGAGAAGAAGUCAGCUCUGUCUCCAUUAAUAAAGGAGUUGAGGCCUCUUCGGCAGGAGUGCCAGGAGAUUUCCCAGGAGUAUGAAGAGAAAAAAGCUCUGUAUGACACCUGCGCUGCUGGUCUGGAAAGCAACAGAUCCAAACUGGAGCAGGAGGUCAGGACCAUGAGAGAGGAGACAUCACAGGAGGAAAACCGCUAUCACCAAGUCAACUGCAUGAAAGAGAUUACUGAGAUUCAAUUGCAGCGAGCAGUAGAUGAGAUGAAGAUCUAUGUGUCCUCUGACCCACAGACACGGAAAAAGUCCAUCAGGGAGCAGUACAUGAAGUACAUUGCAGAGCAGGAAUCUUUGGGCAAGAAGCUCCGUGAGGAGCAGAAGCAGGUGAAGGAGAGCCACGGGCCCAACAUGAAGCAGGUGCGCAUGUGGAAGGAUCUGGAACAGCUGCUGGAGUGUAAGAAGCAGUGCAACCUGCGAGCCCAGAGCCAAGUGUCCAUCGGUCAGGUGAUCCAGGAGAGCGGAGAGGACCGUCUGGUUCUCUAACUGUGUGUCAAGUUCAUAUAAGUUCAUCAUAUCAAGGAAUACUUUUCAGCUUUGAUGGAGCACUAUGUGUUCAGAGGCACAUAUAGAGAAAUAUAAUGACUAUGCUAUGAAAAGUUUCUCUUCCUCCCCCCCUCCGUCAGUACUGUACUCAGUACAUUGUGGUCUUGCGUUUCAAAACAGAACAAAAUCUCCUUUUUUGGACAUAAUUAACUGGAGUUGGGAGAUUUGUAGGGGAGAUAACCAGUGAAGCGCUCUGAAUGUGCGAGAGAGAGAACACAUGUUCGCAGAAGUGUUCCAUGGAUAAGGGGUUUAAAAAAUUCAAACAAGUCCCUCGUCUCCGUUUUGACUUCUUUAAGAAUAGCGCUACAAUCCAUGUGUUGGAAGAUAACAGCGAACAAAGUGUUACACUUUGAAAGCGCCUGCACACGGUUAUUUUGGGAAGCAGCAGUCAUGACCUUGGGCAGAAGAGCUGUCCAAUUUAGGAAUUCAGCUGGUCCUUCCUUUGUUUCCGUCACUGAGGGGCAGAGGUAAUCAGCAGAGCAACAUCUACAACUUCUCCCCUACCUGUUAGUGCACAUGAAUGAGUCUCUGACUUGGGGCAAACAGAGCUGUUCAACUGUUUGAAUAAUAAAAUAAAUUAAUAUGUCUAUUAUAAGCAAACCCGAUGUUUUAUCUUGUAUACAUUUUCAGUUUAGAGGAUUUUGUAAAAGUCUUCCUUGGUAUGUCUACUAGCAAUGAGUAAACACAAGCUGUUGCAGUGUCAGCACAUGAGCUUCUUUUAUAUCUUCACUCAACCCAAUUAACACAAGCAAUUUAAGCACUACAGUUACUGUUUUUCUGUCAGUAAGUACAGAGUAAAACAUGACGGUGCAUGGGAAAAUGUGUGAUACGGCCUGAUGUGAAGUGGAUUAUUUUCCUGUAACAUCACUUUAAAAAGUGUUUUAUUUAUUCCUCUUAUACCUUGGCAGUUUGCCAGCCAUUACAGUUUUUAAUUUAUUACUAAUGUCACUUUGCUUUUAAACCACUGGUUACAUUUACGUAUAGUUACAUUUAAUGUUGUGGAACGUUCAUGAGAAGUUAUUUCCUGUUAUCACUUACAGUAUAGCAGUCAUAAUCAGUCACUCCCUCACCAGCUUCUCUUUUUUUUCUUUUAUCUUCUGUUUUGUUCUUUCUCUUUAAAAUAAAAAUAAAUAAAUAAAAAAACAUC